UUUCAAGAAACAUAUUAGUCAGAAUGCGAUCGACUGUCGUCGAGGUUACAUUGCCGGUGGUGCUAUUUCAUUUCUUUUCGUAAUGUUGGAAGGUGUCAAACAUGUUUUAUUAGUGCUCUCUGGUAAAGGUGGUGUCGGAAAAUCAACCGUUAGCACACAGUUAGCUCUUGCUCUCAAAGAAUCAGGAUUUCGAGUAGGUUUACUCGAUGUUGAUCUAUGUGGGCCCAGCGUACCUUAUCUGUUAAAUUUGGAAGGCAAAGAUGUUCAUCAGUCAUCUGAUGGUUGGAUCCCAGUGUUUGCAGACAAAGAACAAAAAUUGGCUGUCAUGUCAAUAGGAUUUUUAUUAAAAAAUCAAGAUGAUAGCAUUGUUUGGCGAGGCCCAAAAAAAACUGGAAUGAUCAAACAAUUUUUAACUGAUGUUGUUUGGCAAGAUAUUGACUAUUUAAUCAUUGAUACACCACCAGGAACAUCAGAUGAGCAUAUAACAGUGAUGGAAAACUUGAGAAAUGUUAAAUGUGAUGGUGCACUAAUAGUAACUACCCCACAAGCAGUUGCAGUAGAUGAUGUUUUGAGAGAAAUAACAUUUUGCAGAAAAACUGGCAUUCAUAUAUUUGGUAUCAUUGAAAAUAUGAGUGGUUUUGUCUGUUCAUCCUGUUCGGAAUGUACAAAUAUAUUUUCGGCGGGUGGAGGAAUAGCUCUUUCAAAAAUGGUAAAUGUACCAUUUUUGGCUAAAUUACCUAUAGAUCCUCAAGUUGGAAAAUUGGCUCAAACGGGUCAGAGUGUUUUGGUAACAUUACCAGAUAGUCAAGUAGCACAAGUGUUUCGAAAACUAGUCGAAGAACUUACCAAGAGCAAAGAAGCGUUACACCCGGCAGUACAUUGAUUAUUUGAGAUUGCAGAAUUUAAAGUUUGAGUGCACAUGAAAUUUGUACAUAGCAAGAUUUUUGUAUUUA